GAUGCGAGACAGCGCGGCCGUCCGCGGCGCAGGGCAGUUCGACCGCGCUGUGACCACCAGGAAUGUCGAGCCUAGCCUCUCCGACGCCCUUGAGGAGGUCUUCGACUACGGCGCCGCCGCAGCCGGCCACCUCGGGCGCGCCGAGAUCAGCGCGGGGCAUCUUUGCCAGGAGCUGCCCCAGAACUCGGCGGGGCGGCUUGGGCCGCAGCCAGUGCGCCGCACCAUGCGCAGCUACUCUGCCAAUGAACGGCACCGUGGUCUGCAGCAGAGCGUGUCAGAGACGCGCGAGGUCGGCAUCCUGCAGGAUAAGACCCUCGCGCUCGUGGGGGGGCCCCUCGAGGCGCGCCGCGCCGGGCACGAGCUGUCGCUGGGCGAUGUCGUGGCGAUGGCCGCGACUCCGGAGAUUCCGAUCGCGAAAGAGUCGCUGGACCUGCUCCAGACUGUGCGCGUGCUGAACGAGCGUGCCGCGGCGGACAAGACCGACGCCCGCGCUCUGCGUCGCGUCUUGUCUUCGCACCUCCUCGUCGUCGAGCCGGGCCAUCGUGAACGCCGUGGCCAGCGCCAGUGGCAAGCGGCAGAUGCUCGCAUCAGUCGGAGCCGACGCGACGCAGAACCGCGAUUUCGAGAGCCACAUCUGGACGAACCCCUGCGCGGUGAGGACGCGUUGCUUCGGAUGGGCGUCGAGGGCGUCGAGGGCCCCCCGCGGGGCUGCGGCGUGAGGCAGCGCAGGGGGCGCCGCCGCCUAAAGGGGGAGCUCGCGAGCCCGGGGCCCCACGGGUCUCGAGGUCUUUUGUCCUGGCCGCCGACGGCCGACUGCUUGUUCGCCGAGUCCGUCGAGCACCUGCGCGCGGUCGGCGCGCUCGAUGAGUCUGCCAGCGGCGUCCGCGCAGCGAGCUGCAGGGCCUGGCCCUUCAAUUCCAUCGCCAGAUCGACGCGGCACUCAGCGUGGGGCCCCAGCGACUGCGAGGGCAUGACGGACGAGCUGGCGGACAAGGCCCCGCGGAG